AUGGGUUCUUAUGGAUGGAGUUGGUCUAAGUUCUGUUACUACAUCAACUACAACCUCUUGCAGCCUCGUUACUUCUGCAAAUCCUCCUCCUCUUCAUGCUCUGCUUCCGUCGUCACGAUGAGUCAAGGAACGGUCACAAACGAAGCAAAGGGUAGUAAUCUGAAUUCAGGUCACGAAAGCUUUGCGUCUCUGUUAAGCGAGCAGAGCUAUGGAGCAGCGUUUCUGGCGUUGGGAAGUGGAAGUGGUGGGUUGGAUUAUGAGUUCGGGUACGGGUACGGGUACGGUUUGGAGGAUAUGAGUAUUGGGUGUCUUGGAGGAGGCUACGGAGGAGAGAUUCCGGUGGUGGGUGGUGGUGACACGUGGCAGAUUGGGGAGAUAGGAGGUAAAAGUGGGGACAGUUUGAUAUGGCCUGGUCUCGAUUCAAAGCAACAAUGUUAA